AUGAGUCUGAACAGCUUAUCAACCGAAGUCCUCUCCAUCAUUGUCAGCUUCCUCGUCACCUCGCCAAACCGAGACCAGCGUGCGAUCCGCAACGAUCUCCACAGCCUCACCCUUUCCUGUCGCCGCCUCAAAGACGUCGCCACACCCAUUUUAUAUCGACUCAUCAGCGUACCAAAUGGCUCAUCGGCGACACGCCUAUUCCACACGCUCAUUCACAAUCCUCGCAUCCGGCCGCUUAUUCGCGAGCUGCGCGUCCACAGAGGCACCAGACGAACGAGGAUGGAUCGGCUCGACGGCAGGAGUGUGUGGCCCCCAGAGCCUGUUGAGCUGAUUGAUGCACCCAAGACGGACAUCCAAGGUGUCGACCCGAGUGCCAAUGGCUUCUUUGAGGCCAACUUUGAGCAUGCCUGUCGAUCAACGUUCAAGUCUCUCGACUGGCACAUCGACGAGUUCUCAGCUGAUGACGCCAAUGUAUUUGCUUUGGGUGAAUGCAGUGCCCUGGUCGAUGGAUCUUUGACGUGGGAUAAGUUGGAUGAAUUAGGUCACAUACAGUUGACGUCGUCUAUUCUGGUUGGGAUUCUGUGCCUGACCCCCAAGCUGGACGACGUGCGAUUGCCGGUUUUGAUCGACCAGCCGUAUGAGAUUCUCGAGAAGAGGAUUCGAAAAGCUCGUAUGAAGGGAUGUCUGCGGAUGAAGAGCAUGCCUCAAUUGGCGAGCUUUGGAACGGUCAGCGAGUGGGCGUCUCUGAUUUGA